AUGGGACCAGCAGAGGAACGACAUCGAUGGUCUCAAAAGCUCGAGAAUGUGCUAGAGGAUCGUGAUGCUUUGGAAGCAUUCAAGAAAUGGAUGAAGAAUGAGUCAUCGUUAGCUGAACAUCCUAUCAAUUUACAUUUUGCCAUAAUAGCUUACAAAAAUAUGUGUACGAUGAAGAAUGCUCGUGCUGCAGAACUUGCACGUAGUUUACACCAAAAAUACAUCAGUUUAAAAACGGGUGUUUGUUCUUUUUUACCUGAGGAUCUUCGACGAGAAGUGAGCUUUCGAAUCCAUGCCUUUUCGGCUGGUGAGCCAGACCCAACAGUAUUUGACUGUGUAAUUCUACCGGUAGAGCAAUAUUUGCGACAGCAACAUGCUCAGUUUGUUUCUUCCGAAGAGUUUAUUGAUGCUUAUAAUCGAAUGGAGGAAUAUACACCGAAACCACCUCGUAUUCCAUCUUCACUGAUGUCAAGUCGCAAGCAGCGGAAAUCGUAUCCUUGUCAACCAACUCUUACUGCCGAAAUGUUGUUGAAAACACAACAUGAACGAGAAACUACAUUGGGUGAAAGUGAAGUGGAGAAGUUAUAUCGACCAGUAAUGAAAACACCGUACAUUUGCAAUGCAACAACUAGUAAAAAUGAUUCUGCAGUGUCAUCGACUUUUUCAAGUGAUGCUAACGGUCAGCAUCCAGCCGUAAAAUUAAGUACAAUUCGAGAAGAGCAACUAAAGGGCAACCCAGCAACGCAUACAUUAGCGAGGGUGGAGAGAGUUGAUGGUGGACCGAUGGUUACUCACUGCACUGAAGAGGGUCGACGAGCUUUUGCUUCACUUCUAAUCGAAAAAUUGAAUGUUUUAAGUGCUCGUCGAAAGAGAAAUGAUGUUAUGAGUCAGCAGCUUCGUGCUAUUGAAAGUCGCAAGUGCUCAGCACGCGAAGUUGUGAACGACGUUGAACCAACAGCUGCUGAAGAAGAUGAUGAACUGGAACGAUAUGUACGACAAAGGAUGGCUGAUGAUUCUAGCAAACCAUCACCAUCAUAUCAUUCUCCGGAUUCCCUCAAUGCUCAAUCACUUCGUUUUCGACGACGAUCACCAAGAUCAAGCUCACCGGAACGCUUCCGACAGUACGUAGCUUCACCCAUAGCUAAUGUAUUUUAUGCGUCGAGUCCUUAUAGCACAAAUGGCUUUGCGCCACCACCAAUUAGUCGACACAAUCGAAUGUCAAAUGUUAAUCCUGUUGCAGUAAAAGGAGCACGAUGUGACAUGAAGUCUAUGGCUAUUUAUGAUACCUCGGGUAUCGAAUCGAUGGCUCCGUCAUCUGUAAGUGAACGUGAUGAAGCAGCACGUGCUGCUAUCUUUCAGAAAGCGCGGAUGCUUUCAUAUGGUGGUUGUGCAAGCAGCAGUAGUUCUGGACGAAGAAGCAGUCACAAACAACAUCACGAUUUCGGUUCACUAUCGCGUUCACGAGGAGGAAUGGAUCCAAAACAGCUACUGACUAUUAGUUAUAAAGAGAAAGGACGGGUACCAGUAGUUGCACAUGUUCCAGCUCAUCCAAUCACAUUUCGAGAAUUUCGUAAAUACUUAGGAAUUUCGUCAAAAUCGAGUUUGCAAUUUUAUUUUAAAACUGCCUGUGAAGAUGGUAAUUCGCCCUAUCAGCUGCUCCUUGUGAACGAUGAUGCCACAGUACUACCGGUAUAUGAAGGCCGCAUAACAGCGGAAUGCAAAUCAGUCUCUGAUUCCGAGUAG